CGUCAUUUCGGACACUCGCAUGUUGGCCUUCUCAAGUUGCACGCGAUCAAACCCAAACGGCAUCUCCGCCUCUUCGCGUUCUCCCGACGGUCAUGGCGGAGUCACACCUCCAGGAAGAAGAGCACCUCGACGUCCUCACAAGAACCGGAGAGAAGACCGGCGUCUCGAAACUCAGGAGCCUGGUUCACCGGGACGGAGACUACCAUCGCGCCGUCCACGUCUGGAUCUACUCGGAGAGCACGCAAGAGCUGCUCGUGCAGAAGCGCGCCGAUUGCAAGGAUUCCUGGCCUGGGCAGUGGGACAUCUCCAGUGCCGGUCAUAUCUCGGCUGGAGAUUCCUCGCUCCUUAGCGCUAGGAGGGAACUCUAUGAAGAGCUUGGCAUAGACCUUCCAAAAGAUGCAUUCGAGUUGUUAUUUGUUUUUCUUCAGGAGUGUGUUAUAAAUAAUGGCAACUUUAUCAAUAAUGAGUUCAAUGAUGUGUACCUUGUGACAACUUUGAGCCCUAUUCCCAUGGAGGCCUUCACUCUUCAGGAAUCAGAAGUUUCUUCUGUCAAGUACAUACAUUGGAAAGACUAUAAAAAUGUUCUUGAAGAAGGAGAUGAACAAUAUGUCCCGUAUGAUGUAACUGGUCAAUAUGGUCAACUAUUUAUCAUCAUCGAGCAAAGGUGGUACGUACCAGUCUGCCAACUGACUGGCAUGCGGACCGCUUGCCACUGGGCAGUAUCAGUUGGCGGACAUGAGGAGGAGCUCGACGGCAAGGAAGAUGAGGCUGCAACGCUUGUUGGACGGAGAAGGGAGUUGGACGUGGCGGGACACGAAGAAGCGCUCCGUCAGGCGGAACGCGAUAGGGGGUGGGUCCUCACUCCAUCGGGAGGAACAGGUAGGGGGUGGAGGGAUCGUAGCCACUGUGGUCGGGGAGGUCGUGGUCGACGACGAAGGAAGGGGUCCUGGCCCAGGUAUAAAGAGAAUAUGGAGGCUCGUAGCCUAAACUUGCAAAAGAAGCUUAACCGAUAUGCUCCCAUAUACAUGGAACCAAAGUUAUCUGGGCUUUCAGAUGCAGACAAGGAAGCUUUGUCUUAUAUACUAAGAGCAGCAAUGGUUGUUGAUGACAUUUUCUACAUACAGGUCUGGCAUAGCAAUCCAAUGCUAAGAGAUUGGUUGAAGGAGCGUUCUAAUACUUCUAGCUUAGAUCGGCUGAAAUGGAUGUAUUACUCCAUAAAUAAGAGUCCCUGGUCAUCCCUUGAUGAGAAUGAGGCAUUUCUAACAACAGCAGAUUCUGCUGUAAAAUUGCUUGCAAAAUCUACGAAGCCUGUUUCAGGUUGGGAAGGAAUUGAAUAUAGAGCUGCUUUUCCUAUGAUGAAGCCUCCUGGUGCAAAUUUCUAUCCUCCUGACAUGGAUAAAAAGGAAUUUGAGCUAUGGAAAGGUAGCCUAAAUGCAAGUGAACAAGAAGCUGCAACAGGAUUUUUCAGUGUCAUCAGAAGGCAUGUUGAUACUCUAUCCUCUACGGUGUCUCAUUUGAUGGAUCAUAGUGGCUCUGGGCAACGUUUCAAUUUAGAUUGUUUGACUAUAGUUCCAUUCUCCCAAGAGUACAAAGCGCUUCUUGUAAAAGCAGCUGAUCUUCUUUUUCGUGCAUCAGAUCUGUCUGACUCUUCUAGCUUGAAAAAGUUGCUGGAAACUAAAGGAAACGCCUUUCUGUCAAAUGACUACUAUGAAUCUGACAUAGCCUGGAUGGAGUUGGACUCCAAGCUGGAUGUGACCAUUGGUCCUUACGAGACAUAUGAAGACACACUUUUUGGGUACAAGGCAACAUUUGAGGCAUUUGUGGGAAUACGAGAUGACAUAGCAACAUCUCAAGUCAAACUUUUCGGAGACCAUCUUCAGGACUUGGAACAAAAUCUUCCAAUGGACAGUAUGUAUAAAUCAAAAGAUGUAGUUGCAGCUCCAAUCCGUGUAAUUCAACUUGUCUACAAUGCUGGGGAUGUGAAAGGUCCCCAAACUGUUGCUUUUAAUUUGCCAAAUGAUGAGCGCAUAGUGAAUGAACGUGGAACAUCUAUGGUCUUGCUGAAGAAUGUAUCAGAGGCCAAAUUUAAGCACAUUCUACAGCCCAUAGCUGAUGUGUGCAUCAAAGAGGAUCAGAAGGAAUUUAUCGAUUUUGAGUCCUUUUACACACACACAAUUUGCCACGAGUGCUGCCAUGGAAUUGGGCCACACACCAUUAUUCUCCCAAAUGGUGUUCAGUCAACAGUUAGAUUAGAACUUCAAGAACUUCACUCAGCCUUGGAGGAAGCGAAAGCAGAUAUUGUUGGACUUUGGGCACUGAAGUUCCUUGUUGAUCAGGAACUACUUCCAAAAAGUUUUUUGAAGUCAAUGUAUGUAUCUUUUUUGGCGGGUUGCUUCCGAUCAAUACGCUUUGGACUAGAAGAGGCACAUGGGAAAGGGCAAGCUUUGCAAUUUAAUUGGUUACACGAAAAUGGAGCCUUUCUCAUGCAUGCAAAUGGAACAUUUUCUGUUGAUUUUAUGAAGGUUGAAGGAGCUGUUGAAAACCUUAGCAGGGAGAUCCUGACAAUUCAAGCAAAAGGUGACAAACCUGCUGCUAUGUCACUUCUUCAACACUAUGCGAAAAUGACACAACCACUUCAUAUUGCUUUAGAAAAGCUAGAAAGAGUCCAGGUACCUGUUGAUAUUGCUCCUAUUUUCAGCGUGGCAGACAAAUUCUUGGAGAAGAUUCAUUGACAUGGUGACAAGUUUGCUAAAAGGCAGGCUUCAUUCGAUAAACCGGCACCUACUGAUUUGAAAACUCAUAAGCAGGUCACUCACUUUAUUCGAACUUCGACUAGCCAACGAGCAAAGCAUUCUGUAUUACCUAUAUGAAGAAUAAAAACAUACACGAAACAUACGUUUCUUGAGCUUUCA